AUGUCUACCCCUUUUGGAGUUGAUCUUGGUAAUAAUAACACGGUUAUUGCGUGCGCCAGAAACAGAGGUAUUGAUAUCAUUGUCAAUGAAGUUUCCAAUCGUUCCACACCAUCAAUUAUUGGUUUCGGACCGAAGAACAGAUUCAUUGGAGAAAGCGGAAAGAAUCAACAAACUUCAAACUUGAAAAAUACCGUAGAGAACUUAAAGAGAAUCUUAGGAUUGAACUAUGACGAUCCAGAUUUUGAGAUUGAGAAGAAGUACUUUUCGGUACCGUUAGUAAAGAAUGAAGACGGUGGUGUUUCAGCCAAGGUAAAGUAUUUGGGUAAGGAGAGAGAAUUUACAUCUACCCAAUUGGCAGCAAUGUACAUUAACAAAAUCAAAGACAUUACUGCAAAGGAGACUAAAGGAAAUAUUGUUGAUAUUUGUCUUUCUGUUCCGGUUUGGUACACUGAAAAGCAACGCCGCGCUGCUGCUGAUGCUUGUCAAAUUGCUGGUUUAAAUCCAGUUAGAAUUGUUAAUGAGGUCACAGCUGCUGCAGUUGGUUACGGUGUCUUCAAGGCAAACGACUUGCCGGAAGAUGAGGCUAAAAAGGUUGCUUUCAUUGAUAUUGGACAUUCAUCUUAUCAGGUUUCUAUUGCUGCUGUUAAGAGAGGUGAAUUGAAAGUUUUAGGUUCAGCUUGUGACAAACACUUUGGUGGUAGGGAUUUCGAUUAUGCUAUUGCCAACCACUUUGCUGAGGAAUUCAAAGGAAAGUAUAAGAUUGAUAUCACUCAGAACCCUAAAGCCUUUUAUAGAGUUUUGACUGCUUCAGAAAAAUUGAAGAAAGUCUUGUCGGCUAACUCGCAAGCCCCAUUUGGAGUUGAAUCCGUUAUGAAUGAUAUUGAUGUGUCAUCUUCGUUGAGUCGUGAUGAAUUAGAAGAAUUCAUCCAACCAUUAUUGAAUAGAAUAAAUGUUCCAAUUGAAGCUGCAUUGAAAGAUGCGGGUUUGACUACUUCUGAUAUUGACUCUAUUGAAGUUAUCGGUGGAUGUACUAGAGUUCCAUCAUUGAAAGCCAAAAUCUCAGAAAUAUUUGGAAAGCAAUUAUCUUUCACUUUGAAUCAGGAUGAGGCUAUUGCAAGAGGUAACGCCUUUAUUUGCGCAAUGCACUCUCCUACAUUACGUGUUAGACCAUUCAAAUUUGAGGAUUUCAAUCCAUAUUCUGUUUCCUACUUCUGGGACAAACAGGAAGAAGAUGAGGAUCACUUGGAAGUCUUCCCUAGAGGAGGUUUGUUCCCCUCAACCAAGAUAAUUACUUUAUACAGAAGCGGUGAUUUUGAAGUUGAAGCAAGAUACACUAAUAGAAAAGAACUACCAGUUGGUACUGAAUCGGUUGUUGGUAGAUGGACCUUUAAAGGUGUUGUUCCUUCUAAGGGUGAGUCUUCGAUAGCUACUAAGUUGAAGUUAAGAAAUGAUCCAUCUGGUUUCUACACCAUCGAGUCUGCUUACACCGUUGAAGACAAGAUUGUUAAAGAGUUGGUUGAGAAAGAGCCUAAAGAAGGUGAGCAAGAUGAAGAUGAGGAACCAGAAUACAAGGAAGUUAAGAAGACUGUUAAGAAAAAUGACUUGGAGAUCACUGCUAUCUCAGCAGCAUUGCCUGAAGGAAUCAAACAAGCUUAUUUUGAGGAAGAAAAUUCAAUGGUUGUCGAAGAUAAAUUGGUCGCUGAUACGGAAGACAGGAAGAAUGCCUUGGAAGAAUACAUCUAUGACUUGAGAGGCAAGUUGGAUGAGCAAUAUAAGAACUUUGCUUCUGACGAAGAGAAAGCAAAAUUGACUGAUAUGUUAGCAAAGGCUGAAGACUGGUUGUAUGAUGAUGGAUUUGAUUCAAGCAAAGGUAAGUAUAUUGCUAAAUAUGAAGAGUUAGCUUCUAUUGGUAAUAUUAUCAGGGGCCGCUAUUUAGCUAAGGAAGAAGAAAGAAGGCAAUCAAUCAGACAAAAACAAGAGGAAUCUCAAGCUGCUGCCAUGGCUGAAAAAUUAGCUGCCGAAAGGAAAGCAAAGAGCAACGACACCAAGCAAGAAAAAAAAAGUGAUGAUGGUGAUAUUGAAAUGGGUAAUUAG